AUGCGCCUCAGUUCGGCUGAGCUGAUCAUUCCUCCUGGAGCUCGUGGGCCACCGCCGCAUUGGCACGAGAUGCACGAUGAAACAUUCCUUGUUACUCAAGGCAUGGUCCGGUUUCACAUACCUGGCAAGCCUAACGUUGACGCCCAUGCCGGCGAUUACGUUGUGGUUCCAACCCGCAGCCCCCAUACCUUCUCCAAUCCCGGUGAUGUGGAAGCCAGAUUCUUCAAUACCUACACACCCGCGUUCUACAUCAACUACUUCAAACUCUUGAGCGAAAUGUCGGAGGAAGGAAAGCCAAUGAGCCCGGAAGCAAACCAGAAAGCCAUGAGCUACUUUGCAACCCUCCCUAUCCCAGAGCCAUGA